UAUAUAGAUAUGGACUUUUUUAAAAUCGAAUCUAUCUUGGCAACAAAAUUACUACGGUUUAUGUUUGCAAACAUGCCCUUUAAAUACAUGGCAUUGCGAUUUUAAAUGUUUAUCACGCCUGAAAUGUGGAAGUUGCCUGCCAAAACCCGGAAGAAAUCAUACCCUAAACAAAAGGGGCGUAAGUUCAUAUUCCUCUGAUGUUUUGAUAGUUUCUGUUUCCUGGUUUGGUAAUGCAUUAACGUUACAGUAAACUCAGGACACGGGUUUUUAAUACAGUCAAAUAACAAGCAGCCGGUCAGAUUUUAUUCGGUAGCGUCGUGAAUAUAGCUUACUUAAAAAAAAAAAUUAUAAUAAUGUGCUUUUGAAGACCAAGUUUAGAGUAAACGGUACAACUCGUUACAAUGGAUAAGAUAACUAAAGAUAUUGGGGACAUUCAAUCCAGACUGCUGGAUCACAGACCAGUGGUACAAGGAGAGAUACGUUUCUUUGUGAGGGAAUUUGAAGAGAAGAGGGGUUUGCGAGAGAAAAGAUUACUUGAAAACCUUAACAACAUGAUCAUAGGUGCAAAUGACCAAACCAUUCCAAAGUGUACUGAGGCAAUGCAGCAUAGACUUUUUGCGGCUCUUACAAGAUUGGAGGCUGCGAACCAUAUGGCACAAAGAAUCCACCUGAGGGAGCAAGAAGCAGAACAGAGUACCAAGCUCCAUGCCUGUCAGGAGAGACGCAAGGCUGAAUGGGAAGCCUUCAUGAAGGAGCAGACUGUUAAGAAAGAAGCUGUAGAUGAGGAGCAUGCAAAAGCAGUGGGUCGACUGAGCACACACUAUUCUGACAUGAAGAAAGAUUUGACCAAAUUUGCACCUUUCUGAAUGUUGCUGUUGCUUAUGUUUUAAAUUAAAAAAAAAAAAAAAAAACUGUGUGAAGAAGUGUAGUUUCCAUUUGUUAUACUUGGCUUAAGAAUGCAGUAAAAUUACAAAUAGUUCUGAUUGUAUAGAACCCAUUGAAAGCUUUCUGAGUGAAAGACAUGUUGGCAAAUACACACUUCUCACCUACAGUUAGCAAAUAUUUAAAACCAACAAUGCUUUGAAGAAGCACAUAUUUACCUACAAGAUAACAAAUUAUAAUACUGGCAAUAGUUGUUUAACAGCAUAAAUUAAGUCUUAGUGAUAGCUUUAGUGUAUCAGUUAAGAGAAAAAGCAGCUUUAUCACAUAACUUUACAAAUGAGGGGUCGAAAAAAUGAAAUGUAUAGCGGUCUACGCUGUGGACAAUGCCUUUCAAAUGAUGUAAAAGGACUGGAGUGCCUGGAAGUGUUAAACUUCCCACAUAUCUUUGUGUUUGGGAGUACACCAGCCCUAAACAAUGGCUGUGUGUUUGAAUGGAUGGCUGUGUAUCAAGCCACAUUCCUGGCAUCAUUUUGGAAACGUGAUUAACGUUAGAAAAGGAGACAAUAAAUAUUUGAGUUUACUUUCAAUAACAUUGACCAGUGGCUGUUUUUUUUUUUAUUUUGGGGUUUUUUUGUAAGUUGUUUUUUUUCACGUUCACAAUGGGGGUGAUGGCUUCAUCAAUCAGUGUGAGGGGAAAAAAAGAACACCAAACCACACUGCAGUUAUGUGUGGAAAGAUGCAGAUGGCUGUAAAAUCAUCUGUUUUGAGAAAUCCCAGUUGCCUUUGAUGGUGGGUUUAAAUGAAAAUCACAUCCGUCCUUAUGAUUUACUAAACACACUCAUAACAAAUGUCUCCCUCAGCUUCCCUAUCCAGUUUGUUGAUUUCAUUUGAAACAUAACAUAAUUUAAUCAAGUCAAAACUGGAACUGCAACUUGCAAGUGGAGAUGUCAAAAAGAUCAGAAUAUCAAACAACUGACAUUUCAAUCAAGUCCUAGUUAAACACACCCGGCACUUCUGGCCAUUAAAUGCCAAGGCCUCCAUCACAUUUUAAUCACGUGACUAUAGAAGAAACUACAGAAAAAGCAGAUGGUGCUUCAUUUGUGACGCACAUGUUGUUAAAUAAAGAGUAUAAUGAAGUUGUUAAGUCUAUUCAGAGUUUUACCUAUUUUUUUUUUAUAUGUAAAUCUUUGUUCUGAAAGGCGAGGGGCAACCGCACUGUCCCGAUAUGAUUUUUGUUAUAUGCAUUAGUGCUGAAAAGUUGAAAGGCUAUGCCACCCAAACCAAUAAUUGUUUUCUUUGUUUAUUCCCAAGUAGCUUUUUUUUUGGUUGCAUGUUAUGUUUGCAUUAUCAUUACUAUCACCAGUAUUAUAAGAGAUUUGGGUAGAAAAUGACAUAUGCACGGGAUUCUGGAGGCAGUAGUCUGUGUUUAAACAGUCAUAAUUACAGUUGUGAGGAGGGAUUUUAUUUGAAUUGCAGUGUCAGUAUUGACCAAAUGUUUUCAUUUCUCUGAUUGAUUUUGAAAAUGUAAUUGUGGAAAGGGAUUAUACCCCCCUCCCCCAAAGAAAAAAAAAAGUUAAAUCGAAGAAAGGGAACUUUAGUUCAUUCCAGAUAUUCUUCCAUUCUAGUUAGCUUCAAAUAAAUGGACAUGAUAUAGUGUUUCAAUUAAUGUUUGUUUAAAUAUUUCCCUCAGCACUAUUCUCAAUAGAUGACAUUGUGUAACCUUUCCACUGUGUGCCAGUGGCCUUGAAAGAACCAUUCUUGUUUUUGUCUCCUUUUUCUAUCAGCAUCAUUGUGUUCUUCCUGUUAUGGAACAAGUUUGCUGAUUCUGGAGUUGUUCAAGAAAUGCACUUCUGUGCCAACAAUAAUUGUGUAGAAACAAUACAACUAGGAAGCACUGAUCUUUAAAUUGCUUGUGGAGAGCUAGAUGCCCUAUGUGCCUACCUAGCGCCGACGAAAAGGGUUAGUUUGUAAACAAACAUGACAUUAAUAUUAUGUUACUGUUUUAGAGCAUGUCCCUCAUGAAAGCGAGCUUAUAAAGUGCACUGUUAUAAAUGUGGGCUUUCUAAUCAUGCAGUAACAUAUUGCUGUUAAUUGAUUUUAUUUUAGUACAGCAUUACGCCUCUUUUGUUGUUUCCACUGUCAUAUCCAGUUCUAUUCUCUGUAAUCAUUGUUAUCAUGAAAAUGAUCUGUUUUUAAAUAAUCUGAAAGUUCAAUGUAUGUACCUGGCUUGAUGUUUUAGUAAUAUGUAAACCUUAAAUGCGUUGAUUUACUAAUAACUUUAGUAGUCGAUAGUUGUACAUUUAAAAGAAAUACUGUAUUGGUUGAGAACUUAUUGUAAAUGAAAAAUACCAAUCUGAUUCCUUGGGGGGGGGGUGACAAGAUGAUUACCUA